AUGAAUAGAGGUCUGCCGAAGUCCACUUUUGAACUUAAAUUGGUUUUGCGAUCACACUAAUUGGAAAUUGACUGGAAUACCUGGGUAUGGGGCCAAUCUACUAGCUUUUAAUAGAUACCUUUGCAGUUUGAAGAUGAUGAAUUGAGCAGUAUUAUCAGUAGUUCAAAUUCACGAGUUCAUCAAUCUAAUCCAAUCUUCAGGACUAGCUAUUUGCUGUUUGAUUGUUCGCGCAUGUCCAUGGAUAUCCACUCAUUUCUCAAACCUAUCUCCUCCUUUCUCUUCAUUCUUUUACUGCAACACAUCAAAAUCGCCAUUUCUAAACCUCCUUACACUCCAACUGACAUAAUCCUUUCCAAUUGUGGCUUUUCAGGCCAAACAACCGCACCUGAUGGCAGCAAAUGGACUGGUGAUUUAAACUCCAAAUUUGGCCCUGUAGAUCAUUCUAAUUCAACCAAAUCAGUAUCCGCCAUCGCUCUUAGGCAAGGCAGCUCUGUCGCGUCUGUUCCUUACAUGACAGCUCGCAUCUCUCAAACCCAAUUCACUUAUACAUUCCCUGUUACUGCUGGUCAAAAAUUUAUCCGCCUCUUCUUCUACCCAUCUAAUUAUCAAGGCGGAUUUAACAAGUCUAAGGACUUCUUUGACGUCAAAACAGGACCUUUCACUUUACUCAAGAACUUCAGUGCCUCUCUUUAUUCUUCUAACCGGCAAGAGACUUUCUUUAAAGAAUUCUGCUUAAAUGUUGCAGAGAAUCAACAACUGAAUUUAACUUUUUCUCCAUCUUUCAAUUCCUAUGCUUUUAUUAAUGGAAUUGAGAUUUUAUCCAUGCCUGCUAAUCUUUACCAUACGCCACCAGAGAUUAAAGGUCUUAAAUUCAUCGGCGAAAGAGAACAGUUUUAUGUGGGUAAUGGCACUGCAUUAGAAAAUAUUUAUAGAUUAAAUGUUGGAGCAACCACCGUUCCGUCUACGAGUGAUACUGGCAUGUAUAGAUUAUGGGAUGUUGAUAACAUGUUCUCAAAUGUCGGAGCCCUUGUCGCUGAUGGUUCGGGUCUUUCUCUUAAUUAUUCAAGAAUUCCAGCUUAUAUAGCACCCGAUGAUGUUUACUUGACAGCUCGGCAAAUGAGAAUCAUUGAUACUCAUUUGACUUGGAUUUUACCAGUUGAUCGAGGAUUCAAGUACCUUGUAAGGCUUCAUUUUUGUGAAUUUCAUGAAGAUGUUGAAAUUAACAUGAGACGAUUCAAUGUCUAUUUCGACAAUCAGACGGCGAAUCUGGGUUUUGAUGUUAUUGAAUCAAGCGGUGGUGUGUUGACUCCUAUAUAUAAUGACUAUAUAUUCGCAACUGGGAAGGAGAAAGGAGAGGUUGCAGAUGAUUAUAUCAUUUUAAUAACUUUAAGGCCGAAUUCUUCUAGUAUGUCCGCUGAUUCUUUCUUGAAUGGGCUUGAAGUUUUCAAGUUGAAUGAUUCUAACGGUAAUCUUGCCGGACCUAAUCCUGUUGUGUCUGUCUCUCCAACAACUAACAAAGCGCCGGCCAGCCAGCCACCAUCAACAACAAACAGCAAGUCCAAUACUAAAAAGGUACUGUUCCUUGCAUUUGGUGGUGGUUUGAUAAUAAUUUCUUUGUUGGGUUGUUUAGUUGCUUGGCAACUGAGGAAGAGAAAGCAUCAUCAUGGAGCUUAUUAUAAAUCAUUAAGCUAUUGUUUGCGGUUGAAAUCUUACAAAGGUAAAUCAUCAAGGACAACAGCUUCUUCCUCACUACCGCAAGAACUAUGCCGCCAUUUUUCACUAGAAGAGAUUAAAGAAGCAACAAAUGAUUUUGAUGGGAGUUUGAUAAUUGGUUCAGGUGGAUUUGGAAAUGUUUAUAGAGCUAAUUUUGAUAAUGGAGCUACGACUCUUGCAGUCAAGCGCUUGAAUCGAGAGUCUCGACAGGGUGCUCGCGAAUUCAAGACAGAGAUAGAAAUGCUCUCCCAACUCCGCCAUGUCAAUCUUGUAUCUUUAAUAGGAUAUUGUAUCGAUGGAGGUGAAAUGAUACUAGUUUAUGAUUAUAUGAUCAAUGGUACUCUUCGAGACCAUCUCUAUGAAAAUAACAAGAAACCACUUGAAUGGAAGCAAAGGCUUGAGAUAUGCAUUGGAGCUGCGCGGGGUUUUCAUUACCUUCAUGCUGGUGCUUCACACACUAUAAUUCAUCGAGAUAUAAAGACUACUAACAUUUUGUUAGAUGAAAAUUGGGUUGCUAAAGUCUCAGAUUUUGGAUUGUCAAAAAUUGGUGUAAACAAUUCUGCAAUUAGUACUGUAGUAAAGGGUACAUGGGGAUAUUUGGAUCCUGAAUAUGCUCGACGCCAUCAAUUAACAGAAAAAUCUGAUGUGUACUCAUUUGGUGUUGUAUUAUUUGAAGUACUAUGUGCUCGGAAAGUAGUCAACCGCAAUUUGGAUGAAGAUGAGGUGAAUUUAGUCAAUUGGGCGCGAAAAUGCAUCCAAAAUGGGAAUAUUCAUCAAAUAAUUGAUCCUGAAUUAGUAGGAAAAAUAUAUCCAGAGUGUUUUAAUAAAUUUGUAGAAAUUGCAGAGAGCUGUGUGCGUGAUCAGAGUAUUGAUAGACCUUCUAUGCAUGAUGUAAUGGAGAGGCUUCAGUUCGCAAUGGAGUUGCAGCAAGCUGCAGAUUCUGAGAAAGAAAAAGUGAAUCCUGGAGGUGAAUGUUUAUAUCCUAAAGUAUCAUUUCAUCCUUCUCGAUAUGCAAAUAUAUUUGGUGGGUCUGAGUUGGAUUCAAGUAAUGCAAGUGGGUUAAUGGAUCUUGAUACUGAUACAGAUACUACUACUGGACAGACUUUUCCCAGUAUGUUGUCUGCUAGCUUAACGUCUAGCCAUGGCUUCUCCGAUACCAUCAACUCUUCAAGGAACUAGAAAUAUUGGUUUCCUGUCUUGUGAUUUUUGUAAUUGGAAAGUGUGUCUGUGUUGUUUGCUUAAUGGUUCUGUCUUAAUUUGUCUAGAAUGAUUAAUGCGUAUUUGAAAUAGUAGGAAUUGUUAAGAAAAUAAUCAUAAUGCCAAAGUCGGGUAGUAUAGGCUUCUUACCGAGCGUCGCGUUCCUUAUUGUAAAGUAGCAAUCAUUACUCAUAUGAAUCUAAAAAAAAAAAUAUCGCGCUUUUACGAA